AUGCCGAACCGUCCUAUAUCUCACCAGAGGAGUGCGAGCGCUGUUUUUCCUUUCUACAAACCAGUCACGGACAAGAGUUUCUACAAGCAUAUUUACGAGGAACGCGAAGAGCGAAAACGCAUCAGCAAGCCAAACACCAUUCACGGAAAACUCUUGAAACCCUCUGAGGUUCGGAAGCAUCACGAAUGGGAAGCACACAAACACGAUAUCUUUUUCUACUACAUGCGAAAUUCUAGCUCCGCCGGUAUAUUACGAGAGAUCACUGCUACAGACUACCGGUGCCCAAGUCAAUCACCUCGAACUUGUGAUAAUAGAUUAGAGGCAUGGGGUUACCUUUUUAAUCCACAAUCUAGACAGAUAUUUUUGAUUCGAUUACGAGAGGAAGCAGCAGCUUGGGAAGGAACAAUUCAACUUGAGCUUCAGAGAAAUUUCUCGGUAGUAUCUGACCUAUCGAAUUUAGAAACGGAUGCUGGUCCCAGUCAUGUCCACGUCAAUGUAUUCAACUCACCAUUUGGAUUUGGAGAUUCUCCAACUCUUGGCGUGGCUAUAGGAAAGACAAUAACCGAUGUCAUAAAACCACUUCAACACACAGCAUCGAAAUUUAUUAUGCCACCAGAUCCUGAAAUUCUGGACCAUCCUUUCCAAUUAGAUAGUGUUUCGCCGAGAAGUUUUGAAGAAUUCACCAAUGAGCAAAUUCCAACGAACACUAGCUUGCCUUCUUCAGCAAGUUCAUAA